AACGACAGGGAGCCAAAUGUAAUCCAGCCUCUGCGUGUCUCCUACGCGCGGGGAAUACAGACAUUGAACGCUGCACGACAACCAUAAGUGUUGUGUUUGUAGCUUCUGCUCGUUUCUUUAUCACAUUGUGAGCUUAUUCUUCAUCAUACUGAUAAAAUGUGGAACCAAGGAUCAUAUGGAGAGGCUAGCAUGGGUGGAGGAUACACUCAGUCACCGGGUGGCUUUGGCUCACCUGCUGCUUCCCAGGGAGAGAAAAAGGGGAGGGCACGGGCACAGCAGAUAGUCCCCUGCACAGUGUCACAGCUCAUGACAGCAGCCCAGGCGGAGGAUGUCUUUAGAGUAGGUGAGGUGGAGGUUGCGCAAGUUACUAUUGUUGGAAUCAUCAGAAACACAGACAAAUCCAUGACUAACAUUCAGUACAAAGUGGAUGACAUGACGGCGGCUCCCAUGGAUGUCAAGCAGUGGGUAGAUACAGAGGAUCCUAGUGUGGACAGCUCAGUCAUUCCUCCAGACACGUAUGUCAAGGUCUCCGGCAACCUGCGUUCUUUUCAGAAUAACCGGUCUUUAGUGGCAUUCAGUGUCCGGCCAUUAGAGGAUAUGAAUGAGAUCACAUCUCAUAUGCUGGAGGUUGUGCAGGCUCAUAUGCUGCUGAGCAAGCCACACACUAUGAUGGGAGGAGGCGGCAGUAUGAACAGCAGCACGAUGCCCAUGUCUCGCCCUGGCCUGGGUGGCACUCUGGGUGGUAGCUAUUCUGGUGCCAGUUCCAUGGCCAAUAAUGGAUUAAACCCUAAUCAAAAUCAGGUUUUAUGUCUAAUAAAAAGCUGCCCAGAACCUCAGGGGAUCAGCAUACAGGAGCUAAAGCAAAGACUAAGCGGCAUGAGCAUGACUAUAAUCAGGCAAGUUGUGGACUUUCUCAGCAAUGAAGGACACAUUUUCUCUACUAUCGAUGAGGACCACUUCAGAUCAACAGAUCAAGAAGCUUAAGACCCAUUUUUAAGCACUGCAAAUGUAAACCAUCUCUAACUGCCUGAAGUUAAUGCCUAACUUAAUUUGUCUGUGCUAAAACAUUUUAUGCACUUCCUGUGAGAAGUGUAUACUGGCCAGGAAAUAGAUAUUUAGGUGUGAUGGCUGUAAACUUGCCAAUGUACAAGGGUUAUUCAUGCAGGCUUCUUGGUUCCUGUAGUUUAUGAGCGAAAAUAUAAAAUCAAAGAAAAGAAUAGCAAAAGUGUGGUUUGAAAACAUUUUAAUAUUAAUGUACACAUUGUCCUUUAAAAAUGUUUAUAAUUAAAUAAAUGGUUUGUUUGUAA